GCCAGUUUUUUUUGAAUGGUGGAUUAAGUGGGUUAAAAAAAAUACACCCUCUCAACGUCAGACACCUUGGAUAUAUCUUGUUAUUAUUGAAAAUUAUUACUUAACCAAAAACAUGCUGCAAGGAUUGAUUCAGAGAACCUGCCUGGUGGCAUUCAACACGGCACAAACCAUCCUCGUGCGGCAGAAGCACGCCUUCGACCGGGCCGUGCUCAAGCCGAAGGUCCGCUGCCACUUCCCCAAGCCGCGCGAGGUAAAGCGCAUCAACGUCCAUGGCUGGGACACCCGCAUGUCCACACCAGAGGGACGUCGUGUGCUGAUGCGCAGGAUCCUCAAGGGCAGACACAGCCUCUCUCACUAGCCUCUCGUCAAUAAAGUUUUGUUUUUAUUUUA